AUGAAGCAAUUCGCAGCAGCUCUUUUCUUCGCCUCAACUGUGGUGGCUCAACCAUUUCAUUCUAUGGUUGCGUACCCAGAUAUUGGAACUUAUUUCAAUCAACCAAUUCAAGACGCCUCCGUCUGGGUCCCCCAUACCGUUGUCCAAUGGCCAGCUGGGUCUCUUCCAAGCUCUUGCGCCGUCCAAAUGGCGUCUCGUGGGUGUCAACCCAGCCAAGUCCAGGUCUACAAUGUGACUUAUCAAGAUUGUGACCGCCCAUGGGUCUUCUGCAGAUGUGAAACCGCUCCAGUCCAUAUCGGACGUUCUGCUGAUAUCUUCGGCCGUAUGCCAGUGCAUAUGAGAAGCAUGGUCCGUCACCCAAUGAUCGUUCCCAACCCGAACGGCGCCUGCUGUUGCGCUGCUCCCGAUGAUGGAGAUCUUAUGGUUGCUGGAGACUGCCCAAUCCCAACUUAUGCCCAUGAAGUUGGCCAUUUGAUUGACAACAGAGCCGAUGUCUUCGGCCAGGAUUAUUCCUCAAAGCCAGCAUUCGUUAAUGCUCUCGCCACCGACACUUGCAGCAUCAGCAACUACGGUAACACUGCAGGUCGCCACGAAGAAUUUGCCGAGAUGAGCAUUGCUGUUCUCUACAACAUCAACACUGGUCUUCUACCCGCAGUCGCUCCAGGUGCUACUACCGGCUGCUUCAACAACCAGCUUAACUUGAUUAAGACCAGAUUUGGUGCUCAGUAUUACACCUAUGGCGGCACUUGUGUUGGCCGUCUUCCUGAUUCCCCGACUGUUCCAGCGUCCCUAAGGGUUAAAGUUAAGCGUGAACAUCUUGUUGGCAGGUCUGGAUGGUGCAGGUUUAACCAGGAGAACUUGUAA